AUGGCAGUAACUAGAACUGGUGGUGGAGUACACAUUGUGGACGGUGUCACAUCAGUUGAUUGUCAUAAUCGAGUUCGUUCAUGGAGUCUUCUCCGAUCAGUUUUGUGGUUUAUCAUUCCAAGUUGCAAUAGAAACUACUCUAACGAUCAACAACUCGAAAAACGAAGAGGAGACUAUUACUACAACAACAAGUCAUACCUCCAUUAUUUACAACCAAGUCGAAGUCGUUCAGUGUCAACUCCCUUCAUUACCAAAACCAAUACUAACAUCGAAAUUUCCACCACAAGGAUCAAUAACGUUUCAACUGGUACAAUCUAUGCAUACCGCCAUGGAAAAGUUAAUUUAUGUAUUCAAUCAAAUCCUAACUCUAAUAUUCCAACCCUUCUUCUUGAACUUGCCAUCCCUACAGCUAUUCUGGCGAAAGAAAUGAGAAGUGGGUUACUAAGAAUUGCACUAGAGUGCAGCACCGAAUCACGGCAUUCAUCUUUUUCCUAUAUCUUGUCUGUGCCAGUGUGGACUAUGUAUUGUAACGGGAGGAAAGUUGGUUCCGCGAUGAAACGCGUACCAACACAAGCUGAUAAGAAAGUACUUAGUUUGAUGCGGAAUGUUGAUGAGGGUGUGGGGAUUAUAAAUGGGAAAACGUUGAAAAGCUCUAUUUAUGAUAAGGAGGGCAAAGGCAACCAAUAUAACCAUGAUGACCUUCUGUACUUACGGGCAAGUUUUGAAAGAGUAUGUGGUUCUGAAAAAUCAGAAUCCUUUCAUUUGAUCAACAGAGAUGGAAGUAAUAGUCAACAACUCAGUAUCUUUUUUAUUCGAACAAGAUGA